CCUCGGAGCACAUGGCGUCUUCGCUGAUUCAGAGCCGCUGAUUGAGGUGGCGUUGGCUCCACCGGUGGGAGGCUCCGCAGGCUUUGCAAACUUCGCAAAGCAAGAAGCAUCGAUGGAGGCAUCGGCACUGCAGUCGCUGUCGGGUGCAUACCAGAGCGCGAUCGCCUCUGCCAAACAGCAGAUCGAUGCUGCAAUCAAGGGC